GCUUGAAGUAAAAAGACAGUCCCAGAUAUAAACUCUGACAGCUCAGAUAUGAGCUGACUUAUUUUCAAAUCCUUCAACAGCAAUACUAAUAAACUCAAUGAAAAUAAUGACGAGGCCACUGACCUUCCAAAAAUGGAUCCGAAAUAUUUCUUACAGCUUCCAAACAUUCCUCAAAUACAGAAAAAGUCUAAAAGCUGUAAGAGGGGGUUGAAAUAAAGAGGGAAAAGUAAGAACUCAUCCUAGAAAAAGAAUUCAAAGCCCUCUUGAUGAUAUUCAGACUUUUAAGAAGUCUCAUACUGCGAUGAGCAAGGAUUAUGGGAAUCAUAAUUUUAUGAUUAAAGCAUCUAAUAUAAAGCUUCAUACUUUAAAGAGUAAUGUAGCUCCUAUAGAGAAGGUAGAUAGUCAGCCACUGAAUGCUGAUAAAGAGGCUCAGGUUUUGGAGGAACCUCCAUCUCCAGAUUCUUCAAUGAUAAGUUUUGAUUAUCAUACUUACUCAAAGAAUUGCCCCAGCAAUAGACUAGAGAGAUCACUCAAAGUUCAAAUUCCAAGUUUUGUGGAAGCAAUCUCCAAAAAGCAAGUCUUAAACUUUAACUUUAUAUAGGUUGUUUAAUGAUAGAAGGUCUAGUAAUGAGCAGUCCACGUUC